AUGGCCCUGGGACAGAGGCUGUUCAUCACUAUGUCCCGGGGAGCAGGACGUCUUCAGGGCACGCUGCGGGCUCUCGUCUUCCUAGGCGUCCUAUUGGGCAUGGUGGUGCCCUCGCCUGCAGGCACCCGCGCCAACAGCACGCUGCUGGACUCCAGGAGCUGGGGCACCCUGCUGUCAAGGUCUCGAGCUGGGCUAGCUGGAGAGAUUGCUGGGGUGAAUUGGGAGAGUGGCUAUUUGGUGGGGAUCAAGCGGCAGAGGAGACUCUACUGCAACGUGGGCAUCGGCUUUCACCUCCAGGUGCCCCCCGACGGCCGGAUCAGCGGGACCCACGAGGAGAACCCCUACAGCCUGCUGGAGAUUUCCACAGUGGAGCGGGGUGUGGUGAGUCUCUUUGGAGUGAAAAGUGCCCUCUUCAUUGCCAUGAACAGUAAAGGGAGAUUAUACACAACGCCCAGCUUCCAAGAGGAAUGCAAGUUCAGAGAAACCCUCCUGCCCAACAAUUACAAUGCCUACGAGUCAGACCUGUACCGAGGGACCUACAUCGCACUGAGCAAAUACGGACGGGUGAAGCGGGGCAGCAAGGUGUCCCCCAUCAUGACUGUCACUCACUUCCUUCCGAGGAUAUAA